GUUAUUGUGUGUGUCAGACAAGCUCGUAUUUCCGGUAACUACAUUUGUAAUAUACUUUUGGGAUUGUAAUUUAUUCAUCAAAAUGGCGCAAAUGCAGUUUGACGAUAUAAAGAAACAAAAUAUGAUGUCAGUAUUAUUUUCUCUGGAAUAUGUGGUCGAUGGAAUAAAGGUGAUAGCAUGCGACAAUACUUCCCUGGUUACGCGAAAUAAAUGGGCUGCUAGGCCUCCACGGAAAACAGAGCUGCAAUCGAUUCCCGUGAUGAAUGUCUUCAUACAUAACACAGCAGGACACCAUUGUGAACAACAGACGGAAUGUGCACAGACUGCCAGAGCUAUUCAAAAUUUCCAUAUGGACGGAAACAAUUGGGAUGAUAUUGCGUAUAAUUUCAUGAUAGGAGAAGAUGGACGAGUAUACGAAGGCAGAGGAUGGGAUAAAGUAGGCGCUCAUACUUUAGGAUGGAACAAAAAUUCAAUAGCUUUUGCUUUUUUUGGAAAUUUCAAUGACAGAAAACCGAAACCAAUUGCAUUGGAAGCAUUGCAAAAUGUUAUCUCUUGUGGAAUGAAAGACGGUAAAAUUUCUCCGCAUUACACGCUUUAUGGACACAGGGACAAGCGUCCAACAGAUAGCCCAGGACAUCAUCUUUACGCUGAAAUUAGAUAUUUUAAACAUUUUCAUAAUAAACCAGAGAAACACAAACAAUGAUUAUACAAACAUUAGAAUAUCACGGGUGAACAUUGAGAAUUUAGUACCGCAAGAAACAAUGUGAAAUACAAAAGAACAUGUCAUGUUUUGGUACACUGAAUCUUUUUUCAUUCAAAUAUUAUUUUUCAUCAAUCCAAAUCAUUAUGGCUUUUUUGUUAGCUGUAAAGCUCAUAGGAUAUUGUCCUCUGACAGGGAAACGAUUCUUAGAUUCCAAAUAAAGUGCAACCAACGAGCAUAUAA